UGUGGUACUCCUGGACCAGUUUAACUUUUGGAGGGAAAGUGGAAAUGUCUGCUUGUUGUUCAAAAAAGUGUCAUUUUCAUUAUGGUUUUGGACAAUGAGCAUUGUUUGUAUACCAAUAUUCAAAAUGUUGUCAUGCCGAAUGGAAAAACAAAAGAUUUACGAGUCGAGGUGUUCGGGUUUGGCAAACAGGUCUCAAAAGUUGAGGUGCGGAUAACAGAUGACAAUGAUCCAGCACUGUUGUACAUUCUUCACGUGUCUGAAUCAGACUUUAAAGUCAUCAAAUCGCAGCAAGGUCUUUUGGUUGAUUUUGUAAAUUUCCCUGUGCAUUUAGUGAAGUUAUUUGAACAAUGCCUAAACAGCGUUAAAGGGUUUUUAUUGAUCUUAGAAGAAAAUGGGAUAGAAAACUAUUUAAAAGUUGUUCAACCUAUUGAUCUGAAGAACCUAUGUUACAUUGCUCUAAAAAUUACCCAGGGAUCAGACACAGAGGUGAUGCGACAUAUGCAGAAUCAGAUUGGCCUCCUGAAGAAAACACUUAACUCUAAAGAAGACGAAUUCAGGUGUUUGCAGUCUCAAAACACUCAGUUGCAUCAGGAACUCAAUUUUAAAGAGCAACAGUGUGCUAAAAAUACCAAAUGUUGGGAUGAAGAAAAAAACAAACUUCAAGAGCAGUUCUCAAAGGAGAUGGAUACUCUGCGUGACCAAUUACUUCAGGAUAGGAAGAGGGACUUGGAUUCAGCUUCAUAUCAACGUGAAAAUCUUAGUGCGAAACUUGAAGAUUUAAACAGAGAAUGCACAAGAUAUAAAAAUAAACACAUGCAAAUCUGUGAAAAGUAUGAACAAGCUCAACAAACUGUAAGAGAGUUGAGUAUGAAAUUAUCAAGCUAUGAAGAGAUGCAGAAGUCAAUGAACCGAGAAUUGACAGAUUUACGGAGACACAAAUCAGAACUUGAAACAGAAUGUCGUAAAAAAGAUCAAGACAUAGAUCAAACUCGUUCCCAUGCUGAUGCUUUAGACAAAGAAGUAGCAAGAUUGCGAACCCGUUUGACACGUCAAGAGGGGUUAUUGCGGCAGGCUGAUUCUGAACACGUGAAACUAAAGUCUGCUUUGACACAAAUGCAAGAAACAAUUCAGUCACGCAGUGAUCUUGUGCUUCAAUUAAAUGGUGACCUCACUAAAGCAAAUCUUAUAAUUAAAGAAAACCAAAAGGAACUUGAUAAAUUGCAGCAUGAGCUUCAAAGAAUGGCAGCAAAGAAACAUGAAGAGGAGAGUAAACUCAAACGUGUAGAGUUGGAAAUGAAACUUUUAAGGGCAAAUGCGGAGCGGGAUGGAGCUCGUCUUAAAGCACUUGAGGACACAGAGAAGACACUACAUGAACAACUUAAGGCUGCCAAUGAGGCAAUUCUAGCCAAAGAUGAACAGCAUAAGAAGUGUGGAGACUUGAUUACGUAUCUGAAUCGUAGUCUAAACCGACAACAUCUGGACCCCUCUCCACCCUCAACUGCUCAUGGGCAACCUGGGCACUCAGCUCUUUAUAACUCAGCUCCUUCAGCACCAAUUCUUUACACACUUGGCUCAUCUCUGGGACGUGCGGGGGCUGGCGCCGGUCUUCAUAUUUCAGGACCACCAAUGACGAACCAAGGAACAACUGCUACUAGAGGGGUUUUGCCCUUCUCCUCAACACCUCUUGUAGCAAGCACUGCUGCUGGUGGCCCAGGGGUCCAAACUCGACGCAGUUUCCCAGGAGCUAUGAUUCAACCUUCAUCACAUGUCCAUAGGGUCAUGUCAAGUGAAACUCCAGCUGCCCGCCCUAUUGUUGAUAGAGUCACACUCUCGCAGUUGCAAUCUCAAGAUGAAUCCCGGUCGAAGAAACAAUCUAGUUCUCGGUCAAAUCCAUCCUCUGCUCCGGAAAACCAAAAAGUUGUAUCCAAAGUCAAAAGUUCAUCUUCUAGUGGAACAAAUCCUAAUAUAAGGAAUUUCAAAGACAAAAAGAUAGAAUGAACGCUUCAAGGAAAAACAACAGAUAAAGAAAAUAAAGAUAGCAUGACGUACAAACCAUCAGCUUAUUUUCAGCCGAACAAAAUUAUAACAGAAUUUUAGAUUAAUUUUAAGAUUUAUAGACUGUAUUUAUAUAUUAAAAUUUUAACGACCUUGUUUUCAAAUAAAUAUUAAACAAAA